AUGGAAGACUCCCCGAUCCUAUCUCUCGCAAGGAAGAUCACAGCCGAUGCCGAGAUUCUAGACAGUUACCUGAAGGAAAAUGACCUGGCGAUACCCGGACUCGGCUCCGAUAGCCCUUCCGACUUCCCGGAUCUACCUCCCGAAAUCCAGGAAAGUCGGCAGAGGAUUCAAAGAAACUCGAGCAAGCUGCAGUGGCUCGCUCGCGGCCCAGUAGAGACGAUCCGAUGGGCGACCUGGGGUUUCUUGGACUCGAUGAGCGUUCAGAUAAUAAACCACUUUGGAAUCGCAUCCCUCGUCCCCCUCGACGGAACCAUCACCCUAGAAGAACUCGGUACAAAAACAACCCUAGACCCCAUCAACCUCGCCCGAGUCCUCCGCCACGCCAUGACCAACGGCUUCUUCCGGGAGCCAACCCCCGGCGUCAUCGCCCACACACCCACCUCGCGCCUUCUCGCCCAAGAUACGAACCUCACGGCCUGGCUGGGCUUCCAGCUCGAGGACAUCUUCCCCGCGGGCGCGCACGUCCUGGAAGCCCUUAAGAAACACCCCGAAGCCACGUCGCUGACCCGGACCGGCUUUAACUUUGCGAACGGAACCGUUGACAAGGAGCCGAUGUUUGUGACUUUUGCAAAGGACCCCCCGCGGGCUAAGAGGAUGGCUCUCGCUAUGGCUAGUUUGUCUGGAGGGAAGGGCUAUGAAGUAUCUCACCUUGUGAACAGCUACGACUUUAGCGACGUUGACUCGAGAGGAGGUACUCUCGUUGAUCUUGGUGGUAGCCACGGGUUCGCUUGCGUCGAGAUUGGCCAGAGAUGGCGAAACAUGAAGUUUGUCGUGCAAGAUCUCCAGAGGACUAUCGACACUGCGCCCAAGCCAAUCUGUGACGAUGAGCAAGUUGCAGAGAGGAUCACGCUCCAGGCACACGAUUUCUUUACCGAUCAAGUCGUCAAGGAUGCUGAUGUCUACUUCCUCCGCUGGAUCUUCCACAACUACUCCGACCCCUACGCCAUCAAGAUCCUCAAAUCCCUCAUCCCCGCCCUGAAACCCGGCGCCAAGAUCAUCAUCAAUGACCACUGCUUCCGCGAACCGGGCACCGAAACCCCAUUCGACGAAAAGGUGAUGCGCAGCAUGGAUCUGGUCAUGUUGGCUAUUCUCAACGCGCACGAGCGGACGGAGAAGCAAUUUGAGGCUCUGUUCCGAGCUGCGAGUGACGGGGUGUUACGAGAACGGAAGGGUGUAGGAUGA